UUAAUUAAUUAACCAUGGGUGUUACAUCUUUAUUUAGAGGAUCUAUUGUCAAAAAAAGGACAAGUCGCUUCAAGCGGCAUCAGAGCGAUCGAUAUGGUAAAAUUAAGAGGAACUGGCGAAAGCCUAAAGGUAUUGACAAUCGAGUUCGAAGGAAGUUCAAGGGUCAGAUGCGUAUGCCCAAAAUUGGUUACGGAUCAGCCAAAGCCACCAGACACAUGCUUCCUAAUGGAUUCCGUAAGGUUUUAGUUCACAAUGUUAAGGAACUUGAAAUGUUGAUGAUGGUUAACCGUAAAUUCUGUGGUGAAAUCGCUCAUUCAGUAUCUUCAAAGAAGAGGAAAGCCAUCGUUGAACGAUCCAAGCAAUUGGCUAUUAGAUUAACUAAUCCCAACUCAAGACUCAGGAGUGAAGAAAAUGAGUGAUGUCACUGAGAUUUUUGAUCUUACAUUAAUAAAAUUACUAUUGUUUGGUGAAUCCUAUUAAUUUAAAA